AUGGGAGUGGUCCACAGGGACCUGAAGCCUGAGAACGUGCUGUUGGAUUAUAAGUUCAACGUGAAGUUGAUCGAUUUCGGCCUCAGCAAUAUCUUCGCGAAGGGAGAGACCCUGAGCACCGCCUGUGGCAGUCCCUGCUAUGCUGCUCCCGAGAUGCUCACUGGGCAGCCGUACGACCCGCUUAAGGUGGAUCUUUGGAGCGCUGGAGUGGUCCUCUACGCUAUGUGCUUCGGCUAUCUUCCCUUUGACAAUCCUGAUUCCUCUGAAUUGUACCGAAUCAUCAGGGAAGGAGUGUACGAAGUCCCGUCGCAUGCCAGCGAGGCACUCACGGAUCUCUUGAGCAAGAUUCUCUAG